AUGGGAAAACGUGGAGGCAAGAAGUUCAGCCGUGGUGGUGGUCGUGGCGGCGGCGGCCGUCGCAACGAUAACUGGCAAACAAUUACCAGAGACAACGAAAAGCUCGAGCGCUAUUACAAUGAGCCGGAGUUCCUUGCCGAUGAUGAGAGAGAGGCUUUCUGGACUCAUCUCCAGCGGGACCUUCCCAACAGCUUCCGCUUCACUGGCUCUCGUGGCCAUGCGCUCGCUGUUCAGAAACGUCUCAGAGACUUUUACGUCCCCGAAAUCACCUCAAUCAAGUAUGAGGGCGAGUUCGUUGACCCGCCGCGCCCGGUUUCGUGGUACCCGGACCAGCUUGCUUGGUGGAUGACAACCCCCAAGCAGGUCAUUCGCCGGUUUUCCCCCUUCUCUUCCUUCCAGAAGUUCCUUGUUGCCGAGACCGAAGUCGGAAAUAUCAGUCGUCAGGAAGUUGUCAGCAUGAUUCCUCCCCUUCUCAUGGACCUCCACCCUGGUAUGACCUGCCUGGAUAUGUGCGCUGCACCCGGAAGCAAGUCUUGCCAGCUGAUGGAGCUGAUCCACGCCGGCGAGGAGGAUUCUAUCAAGGAAGUUUCCCAAAAGGUUAAGGAAGGCACUGCCGCUCCUGAGCCCCUUGGCCCAGAAGGAUUGAACGACGACGGCCGUACCUCUGGUCUGUUGAUCGCCAACGACAGUGAUUACAAGCGUGCGCACAUGCUUAUCCACCAAAUGAAGCGCUUGAGCUCGCCGAAUUUGAUUGUCACCAACCACGAUGCUACAAUGUACCCGUCCAUCAAGCUUCCCCCACUUCCUUCUACUGAUGGUAAGCCCCAGAAGGGCCGCUACUUGAAGUUCGAUCGCAUUCUUGCCGAUGUACCUUGCUCAGGUGACGGUACUGCUCGUAAGAAUUAUAAUGUCUGGAAGGAUUGGAACCCCGCCAAUGGUCUUGGACUCCACCUCACCCAGGUUAAGAUUUUGAUCCGUGCCUUGCAGAUGCUGAAGGUGGGUGGACGUGUUGUCUACUCUACCUGCAGUAUGAACCCAGUUGAGAACGAGGCGGUUGUUGCUUGCGCCAUCGAGCGCUGCGGCGGCGCCGCUAACGUCAAAAUCAUUGAUUGUAGCCAGGAGUUGCCCGGUCUCAAGCGGGCACCUGGUCUGAAGACCUGGAAGGUCAUGGACCGUGAAGGUCGCAUCUGGUCUAGCUGGAAGGACGUUGAAGGCCACAGGGAUCAGGAGGGCGCUGAGGGUCUCGCUAGAUUCUCCGAGAGCUUGUUCCCUCCCAGCGGAGAGAACGCUGAUCUGCCGCUUGAGCGCUGCAUGCGUGUCUACCCUCACCACCAGGAUACCGGUGGCUUCUUCAUCACUGUCCUUGAGAAGACAGCUGAGAUCAAGGCCAAGGCCGUGGAUCACUCUGCUAUCAUCGCCAAGGUGGCCCCCAAGGCCCCCAUCGCCGAUCUCGUUGCGGAGCUCGAUUCCCGCAAGAACGACGAUGGCGCCGAGCCCUACAAGAAGCUGGAUGCCCUUGAUGGUGUUGCCGUUCUCGACGAAGAGACUAAGACAGAACUUGCAAAGAACGAGACUGUAGCUGAGGCAACAAACCAGCUCCCGUACUCCGCGACCCUUGAUGCCCCUGCUUCCACCCUUCCUGAGAAGCGUGGUGCUGAGGACCUGGAAGACUCUAUUCCAGCCAAGAAGACCAAGCUCGACGACGGAAGCGAGGCUCUCGUUGGUGAUCGCCCCAUUCACAAGCCUGCCCCCGCGGUCAUUGAGCAGUCUGGUGGUGACAGCACCCCUGCUCCCAUCUCCGAUCGGCCCUUGAAGAAGAAGGCGCCCCAGGAGGACCCGUAUAAGUACCUGGAUCCCCACCACGAGGAGCUUGACCCAAUUUACAAGUUCUACGGACUGUCUGAGCGGUUCCCACGUGACCGUUUCAUGGUUCGUAAUGCUGAUGCUACUCCUUCAAGAACUGUCUACUACACCAGCGCUUUGGCCCGUGAUAUUCUCACCCAGAACGAGGGCUCUGGUAUGAAGUUCGUUCACUGUGGUGUCAAGAUGUUCGUGAAGCAGGACGCGCAGCGUGAGAAUGUGUGCCGUUGGCGCAUCCAGACUGAUGGUCUGAAGAUCAUCGAGCCCUGGUUGGGUCCUGCCCGAACCGUUGUUCUUACUAAGAAGGAGACCCUGCGCAAGCUUCUUGUACAGAUGUUCCCCAAGGUCAAUGAUGGAGCUUGGAAGGAUCUGGGUGAGAUCGGCGAGCAAGUUCGGGAUAUCGAGAUGGGUUGCAGUAUCCUGCGCGUCGAGCCUAACGGCAAGGAUGAUGGUCUCACCGAGCCUAUGGUGCUGCCUCUGUGGCGCUCCCUAUACUCUCUGAACCUCAUGCUUCCCAAGGAAGAGCGCCGUGCUAUGCUGCUGCGUAUCUUCAACGAUGAUACCCCGCUGGUCAACCCGCAGAAGAACUUCCCCAAGCCUGGUGUGGACAGCUCGGCCGCAGAGUCUUCCGCCGCAGAGACUCCGGUCGAGUCUACUGCCGGCGCCGAGGACGCUGCUUUAAAGAAUGAGAACAUGCAGAUUGGCCAGGAUGAACAAGAAUAUGUUGACAGCCGCGAGACCUACACCAAGGCUAACGACGAGGAGGAUAGAGCCAACACCACUGUUUAA